CGCAUCUUCGACCGAAGCUGGUCUGAAUUCGCCCGUAUUGACGGGAGCGAGCGUUCUAUCAAGAGAUUCAUCACAAUCAAGAGCGUCUCGGUUUCAAGUUGAACCUCUUCAACCACAGUCAUCUCUACCUUCAGAGACAGGUGCUGGUGGUAACAACACAAUGACUCCACCUGCCGGCUCAACGCCCACUCAGCCUCAGGGCAAGCGUAGUCGGUUCCACGUAAUGAAUAUUGAAGGAAAACCUGGCGAUGUUAAUUCAGGUUUGGAGACAUGUGGAUCGUCUCAUUCGAGUCCUAACACUUCCCCUUCUGGAUCACUAUCUAGGGGACAAGGAGGGUUGAUGGAUGUACAAGGCGUGAGCUCUGUCUAUACGCAUUUGGAAACGCUAUAUCGACAGAACGAACAACAACGAGCUAUCCUUUCAGAGCUCUUUACAGGACUCGGUUUGAAGACUGGCGUGGCUGCAACUACAGGCCCAGAUAUGUCACAGACUGCUAUCCCUGCUGGUACAGCGAUAGCAGCGAUAGCGAAUUCAACAGCUACCCGCCAGGAAGGUGCGGGUUCAAGUCAGUCGAUCGAAAGACAAUUACAGUUGACGGUUCGUGAGAAUGAGAGUCUGCGAAGGGAGAACGAAGCUUUGAAGCGCGAGCUCGACCGCUUGCGCAGGGGCGUGUGAGAGAAGUUUUUAUUUUUUUUAUUUUUUAUUUUUCUUAAUAGAUG